AUGGACCACAGAGACCACUCAUCUGAGCGUUCAUCUGAAGACACGGCCACUGCCAGCUUGUCUCUCCUUGAACAAAAGGAGGUUCCACUAGCAGAUGUGUCCCAGCCUCAAUCCCGCGUCAAGCCCUGGCUGAUUCACGCUGUACUCUUGGGGAUCUCUUUUCUAAUUUUCCUGAUUGCCUUUACACUGCAGCCUACUCUCUUCCAAUGCACCCGCCAACUCUCCCCAUACUCCCCAAUCAUUGAAGAAGGAAUCGUCAAAUACGAGUCUAAGAACUUUGAAAACGACUUCCAUCAACCAUCCGCCUACCGCGGACCCCCAAACGAGGCAACAGAAGAGGCCUGGGAAGGACUCUGGCACGCCCCUGCGAUCCGAGUCCCGGGCGAGAACCUGGCGCUAUUGAAUAAAAGCACAGAUCAAGCAUGGUUACAUGCGCCUCCACUGUCAGAUAGGGAGGACUUUGCGGCCCUGGUCGAUGUCUUCCACCAGUUACACUGCGUAAACGCUCUUCGGCUGGCUGUCCACAAGGAGAACUACUAUAACCAUUUUGGAGAAUGGCCACACGGCACUGGGCCCGAGUUUACAGACAAACUGAAGACGAUGCAUUUGGAUCAUUGUAUUGAGCUUCUACGCAUUAAUCUGAUGUGCGUCGCCGAUGUGACGCCGUUGUUAUUCGUGGAAGACCCCAAUGCCUUCCAGGGGAAAACACCCGACUUCAAUACCAUGCACAAGUGUCGGAAUUUCUGGGAAAUCCGGGAGUGGGUCUUUGACAAUAUGGCUUUACCUUGA